AUGCACGGCGCAGCAAACCACCUGCCGUCUGGAUCUCACCCCGAAGAAGCCAUCGAUUACGAUGGAGUCCAGGUGGUGUUCCACUCGGCUUCUAUUCCCAACAACGACUGCCAUUCCGAUGAAACGCCGACACCGUCCAAAGAAGAGAUCGAGCAGGAGACCAUGGACCUCCUCCACGAGUCCCUCGAGCAGCUCGCCGAGUGGGGCGAGCUCGCAGACCGCGACGACGGCGUCCUCCGCUUCCCCCCCAGCGUCCUCCGCGCCGCGGGGAUCCAGGACGACGGGCUGUGGGAAGAGGCAUACUACGACGAGGACAUCCAGCAUGAGUUCAAUAAUUAUUUCGAGGAGGGGACCGGGGAUGGUUUGGCAGAGGACGGGGAUGGCAUGGCAGAGAACCGAGAUGCAUUCAUCCCCGAGAUCGGAUGUUAA